CGGAGCGGCCCCGCACGGCCAUGGCCAUGGCGUGGCGAGCGGCCCCGCGGGCGGCGGCGCGGCUGCUGCUGGGGCGCCGGGGGAUCGCGUCCUGCAUCGACCCAUCCACUGGACUCACUGAGGAUCAGAAGGAAUUCCAAAAGGUUGCCCUUGAUUUUGCUGCCAAGGAGAUGUCUCCUUACAUGGCCGAGUGGGAUGAGAAGGAAAUAUUCCCUGUGGAAACCAUGAGGAAGGCAGCCCAGCUGGGAUUUGGUGGGAUCUAUGUGAAACCAGAUGUUGGUGGCUCUGGAUUGUCACGGCUUGACACCUCCAUAAUCUUUGAAGCUUUGUCAACAGGAUGUACCAGCACCACUGCUUACAUGAGCAUCCACAACAUGUGUGUUUGGAUGAUCGACACCUUUGGCAACGAGGAGCAGCGGCACAGGUUCUGCCCAUCUCUCUGUAGCAUGGAAAAGUUUGCCUCUUACUGCCUGACUGAGCCAGGGAGUGGCAGUGAUGCAGCUUCCCUGCUGACCUCAGCUCAGAGGAAAGGGGACACCUACAUCCUCAAUGGCUCCAAGGCCUUCAUCAGCGGGGGAGGUGACACCGAUGUGUACGUGGUCAUGUGUCGCACAGGGGGCCCAGGCCCCAAGGGCAUCUCCUGCCUCGUGCUGGAGAAGGGAAUGCCAGGGCUCAGCUUUGGCAAGAAGGAGAAGAAGGUAGGCUGGAAUUCCCAGCCAACUCGGGCUGUGAUCUUUGAGGACUGCGUUGUUCCUGUGAGCAACCGGCUGGGAGCUGAAGGGCAGGGAUUCAACAUCGCCAUGCAGGGCCUCAACGGAGGCAGGAUAAACAUCGCUUCUUGCUCGUUGGGAGCUGCUCACGCCUCGGUUCUCCUGGCUCAGGAGCACCUCACUGUCCGCAAGCAGUUCGGGGAACCCCUCGCCAGCAACCAGUACCUGCAGUUCAGGCUGGCAGACAUGGCCACCCGGCUGGUGGCCGCGCGGCUCAUGGUGCGCAACGCGGCGCGGGCGCUGCAGGAGGGCCGGGAGGACGCGGCCGUGCUCUGCUCCAUGGCCAAGCUCUUCGCCACCGACGAGUGCUUCGGGAUCUGUAACCAGGCUCUGCAGAUGCACGGCGGCUAUGGCUACCUGAAGGAUUACGCCGUGCAGCAGUUCGUGCGAGACAUCAGAGUGCACCAGAUCCUGGAAGGUACCAACGAGGUCAUGAGGAUGAUUGUGGCCAGGAAUCUGCUACAGGGCUGAAGCCAGAAGCCUUCAAAUCCCUCCAUGUGUGCCAGCCCGGCCUGUUUCCCUCCCCUGCUGGCCAGCUCUGUCCCUGGGAGUGCAGAGGGGGAUGCCCCAGUGGAAACAGCCUUCCUGCCUUACCCACAGCUGGCUGGCACAGCUGCACGCCGUGCCUGGCACCAGGCUGGCGUUGUGCAGCCAGAAAUCACAGCUGUCAAUACAAGCCUGUCUCCAAACCCUGCUCCUGGCCUGCCUGCCACACAUCCCCCUUGGAAAAACAAACCCAGAGCUGCUGCUCGCCUCUGAAAUGGGAAUCUCAGGCAGAGGUGAGCCCAUGGGAUCACUGAAAUCUUUAUUUUGAAGGAAUUAACUGCUCACAGCGCCCCAGAUGAUCACAGGCUCUAACCAGAAGGGUUUUUAUCCCAGGAUGCCUCUCCUUUAGCUAGAAGCACUCCCUCUUUUCCCAGCAAAUUUUUCCUAAGGUUUCCUAAACUUUUCCCAGCCACUGCUUGUUCUCUGUAUUCCCACAUCUUGGUGCCUAAUCUCAGAGAAGCCUUUGCAACACAAAAGUGCAAAUGAAAUACUAAGGUUAUGUACAGAAAUAUUGAGUUCUGUGGCCUCCAAUCAGUGAGGCUGUGAACAAUGUAAGGGGAGUAAAAAUAUUGAUAAAUUAAAUUGUUUUUUCCUCUCUGAUUUGGAAUCAAUAAAGCAAAGAUGGAAAUGUUA